UCUUGGUGACACCUUAUCUUGAGGGCAACCAAUGGAAAGCAGUCCCCAUUCCACGUGUGGGCCAUAACUUUAUCUGCUCAGUGGUCCAUUUUGCAUAACAUUGGUAUACUUGAAACUUCUUGUCUUUGAGCCAAGCAAAUCCAGCAAAAGUUCAGAAACAUGACCCCUUCUCUGGUGCCCCCUCCUACAUCUUGUACUUCACCACCCCUAUCUAGAACUCAGAAUAAUAGUUGUUCAUUCUCAUUCCAUAGAGUUGAGGCUCAUUCUGACAAGUUGGCCAUUCAAUUUAACCACAGGAGGAUUUUUAUGUAUGGUUUGAUUACUGCUGGAUUUGGCUCGAUGUCGACUCCCGAAAGCGCGUCGGCCGCGAAGAGACGGCCUCCGCCGCCGCCAACUCCGCAGGAGGAGAAGAGGGACCCAAAUGUGAGUGGUGUGCAGGCCAAAGUCCUGGCAAGCAAGAAGCGGAAGGAGGCCAUGAAAGAAACAAUUGCUAAGCUGAGGGAGAAAGGAAAGCCAGUUCAAUGACAAAAGUUUUCUUCUAAAACCAUUGUUCAUUUUUGAAUCUCAAAACCACAAGCAUUCCAUGUAGUUGGAAAUUUUGCUUGUCUCACUUUACUUUUAUCUCUUCAUCGCUAGCAAACUCUAUGCCAUCAUCAACAAUUCACAUUCUGUAUUGUCCAAACUCGUGAAUUGAAUAUAAACAGGGUUUUUUUU